AUGUCAAGUGGUUGUAACGUCUGCAAAUUGAAUGUAUUAAUUACACAAAAAAGAAUUAAUUGUGUAAAGUGUCAAGCCAAAUACCACUUUGAAUGUAUUGUUCCACCGGGGUCUUCUAAAUCACCUAUUAUACGAGGGCAGUGGGUUUGCCCGAUCUGUAAGAACAAAUCUCCGCCUACAUUAUUGGAAAGUAGUAUCGCAGGUACAACUAAAACUACGGAAGAAACGGUUGCUCCUGAGGGUAAUUGGCUUACGGCGAUAAGAAACGAAGUGCAGAAAAUCAUAUCUCAAACUGUGAGUGUCGAAUUGACAAAAAUUCGUGAAGAGUUGACCGGUUUGCAUGACAUACAAUCAUCCAUAGAAUAUUUAUCGAGUAUCUUUGACACAGUGAAGCAAGAGCUGGAAGACGCAAAAAAAGAAAUAUUAUCACUGAAGAAGGAUAAUAGUGAUCUUAGAGACAUCGUAAAUAGUCACGCAAAUAUAAUAAAUAUACUUGAUAGGGAGGCUAGAGCAAACAAUAUUGAAGUGCAUUGUAUUCCAGAACAUAAAGGCGAAAAUCUGCUCAAAACAGUAGAACAAAUUGGAAGAGUGAUAAACACUCCUAUAACUGAAGGAAGUGUAGUUAAGUGCACCCGAGUAGCAAAAUUAAACAAGAUUUCUACGCGGUUAAUUCGUGGGAAACAAACUGUGAAGAUGUUUGGGUUAAUG